AAAUAAAUUCAAUGGAGAAAAUGUCAUUAGCGUGAAAUAAAUAGAGCCAAUAUCAAUGGACAAAAUGGUUGCUGUGGAUUUGAUUCUGUUUGUAAAUAUCAAUGGACAAAAUGGUUGCUGUGGAUUUGAUUCUGUUUGUAAACUGGUUAUGGUUUAGGUGUUAGUCCACGUCUUCCGUGUCAUAAUAGCAUGUGUUGGCUACAAACAAUUCCUCCACCAGACCAUUGAAGCCAUUGGUAUAUAUACAUGAUCUUUUGAAGACACAAAGCCCAGGAAGGAGGGAGCAAUCAAUUGAUGAAUGGACGGUAAUCACACCAUCUCAUCCGGGGAUGACUUUUGUGAUUCAAUCAUUCCUGGACUUCCUGAUGAUUUAGCAUUGAGAUGCCUGGCAAAAGUAUCUCAUGGAUACCAUGGGUUGCUGGAAGUUGUGUGUAAGAGAUGGCGAAAUUUAAUUAGAAGCUCAGAGUAUGCUCGGUUCAAAGCUCAAGAAGGCUGGUGUGGUAAUUGGCUUUUUGUCCUGACAGAAGAACAAAUCAGGGGUCCAUGGAAUGCAUACGAUCCUGAAGCUGAUAGAUGGCAUCCCUUACCACCAAUACCCUGGUCAAGGUCCAAUCAAAAGCACUUGGGGUUUUCAUGCAUCAGUGUGGCAAAGAAGUUUCUAGUGAUUGGUGGAUAUUACACUCCAUGCGACAUUCUAGGUCAGCUGAAGAAGUUCACUGCAACUGAUGAGGUUAUACAGUUUGAUCCUUUUUCAAACAAGUGGAGUAAAGUAGCAAGUAUGAGAGUUGCACGAUCAAACUUUGCAUGCGCUGUUGUUCACGAUAAAGUGUAUGUAGCAGGUGGUUAUAGCCAGUUGUGUGCAAACACACUUUCUCAUGCAGAAGUUUAUGAUCCUGUGGAAGAUAGGUGGCAGGAUAUUCCAGCCUUGCCAAGUGCACGUGAGGACUGUGUUGGGUUCUCUUGUGGUGGUUUAUUCUAUGUUGUUGCCGGAAUAGAUAAUCGAGCAGAACAAAAGACUGCAGAAGUUUUUGAUCCAGUCAAGGGUAGUUGGUAUUCCCAGUUAAACUUCUGGCUGUUUUUUCGUUUAAUGCCAUGUCCUGUUACAACAGUCAAGGACUGCAUCUAUGUAAUUGAUGAUUGGGAUGGAAACAAUAUAAAACUUUGGGAUAGAUUGAGUGGUUCCUGGAUUAAUGUUGGGCCAGUUCCAUCUGUGCGGUUUUCUGACAUUUCUCAUGCACUUAAGGGCUUUGGCUUUGGUCUGAUUGGUUUUCAAAACGACCUUUAUGUGAUAGGGGGCAAAGUCCUUAAAUGGGAACCAUCAGAUGGUCACUGGCGAAAUGUUGAAAUUGUGAAACUAAAUGUGGUGAGGAUUUGUAGGAUAAAUGGAGCACAACCAGAAUGGAGGGAAGUGAGACCUAUAAGGGGAUCCAAUGGGGCAGUUGUUGGAUGUGCAGUUUUGGAAGAGUGAAUGGAAUUCCAAUUAACUGGUUUCCGUUAAAAUACUUCUAGCUGGGAUUUUGUUUUUUGUUACUCUUAGUGGUGUCCGUGCCGUAUUGAUAUAUAGAAGUUAAUUUACAAAUAGACCCAUUUUGGGCAUUCCCAAGGACCAGAAUUCGGGAAACAAACUGUAUCUUUUUUCUUUUAAUAAAAGUGACAAUUUGUGUAAA